AUGGAACAUCCUUCUUUUGAUAAAAUGGAUGAUUUCACUCAGGCUUUUCGUCAGUCCACAACACCAACAAAUGUUGCCCUUUCAAAAAUCGAUUAUAUUAAUCAAGAUAAAGUAGAAAAGCGUCGUCAUAUCACUCUUGAAAGUAUUCAAGAUCAAUUAGAAUCGAUGAACGAUCGUCUUGUGCACAUCGAAGAAACAGUAAUUUCACGAAAAUCUACCAAUAUGAAUUCCAGACCUUCCAGUCGUUCGGUUCGAAUCGAAAAUUCCACAAACUUUCUGCCAGAAUAUAUUCAAGCUCAAGAGGAAAACAAUCGACUGAAAAUAGAGCUUGCAUUAGCACGAUCGCAAAUGAAUAAUAAUGAAUCAAUAUCAUAUCCGAACCAAUCGUUAUCAUUGAUUCCAACACAGUCGCCAAUACAUAUGAAAGCUGAACAAUCCUCAUCUCCACAGAAUCAAUCAUCCGUUUUUAAACCAAUUAAAAACUCGGUGAGUGAUAACAAUUUUCAUUGUUCACAGGUAUUAAUGCCUACCAAUAUUAUGACACCAAAUGUCAUUCGAGCACCACCACGACCAACAUCGUCGACAGUUCAAAUUCCACCAUUAUCGUCAUUAGAUAUUUCUUCGUUAUCUACUCUACCUUAUACAAUGCAUCCUAACAACAAUCUGCCAAAAUUCAAAGGUUCAGCAGAUGAACGACCAGUUGGAUUUUUAUCUGAAUUUGAAAUUCGAACUGCUACACUCGUUGGAAAAAAUGAUACUCUUCUAUUACAUGCCGUCCAACAAGCAUUGUUUGGUAGUGCACUCACUUGGUUCGGUCAAAUGCAAAAUUCUGACAAUCCUGUUCGCAGUUGGUCGGAAUUUAAAACGAGAUUUUACGACCGUUAUCGUACUCCUAAUCAGAUUCGGUACUUUCGAACUGAACUUAAUGUCUUGUUUCAAGGUGAUAAUGAAAGGACAAUGGACUUUUUGGAGCGUUUAAAGUCGCUGAUGAUCGAAAUCGAUCCAAACUGCAACGAAGAAUGGUUAAUACGUAAAUUCGUCGAAAAAAUUCGUUUGGAUAUUCGUGCUCGUUUAGAUUUUGACGCGAAUCUUACAAUGCGAGAACUUAUCAAGAAAAUUCUAACUAUUGAAUCUAAUAUCGACGAGCUGAAAAUUGUUGAAGAUCUUAGACGAACAGCUCUACAAAAAAGGAAACCUCCGGUUAGUAUCACUACGAACAAUAUUUCAUUUAUUGACUCUAGUGAUCAAUAUGCGCCAUCAUCAUCGAAUAAACCAACUGAUCAUAAACAAAAUUAUAAUCAACAUUCUCAUAAUAACAACAACAACUCAUUCGACAACAAUCGUAAUCGUAUUAGUGCUCAUAAUACAGACCCUUCUAUUAGCAUUAUGCAUAGAUCCAACGAUUUUAACAAACAACAAAAUACAAAGAAUAUGAAUAACAAUCAUCAUAAUAAUAAUCGUAUUAAUAAUAAUAACAAUAACAAUAACGAUCAAAACAAUAAUUAUAAUAGUUAUGAUUUCAACAGUAACAACGAUCAAUAUAAUAACCGGUCGAACAUCAACAAUGUUAAUAAUAAUUGUACUGACGAAUAUCAUUCUAACCGUUAUGACAAGCAUGGCAACGCUACCAAAAGCCAACGGCCAACAAUAACGCUUAAUAGAAAUUCAACUCGAACUACAGCUACUGCCAAUUCAUCCAAUAAUUAUAAAACUCGUUGGUGGUGUCCUCGUUGUGAACGGCAUGGCCAUUCAUGGGAACGUUGUCCAUUUAAUACCGAAAGUAUUAAUUAUCGACCUAAUUCAACAUCAUGUCAUUUUCCUACAAUAAUAGCAAAUUCGCCAUCACCUGUUUCUCCGUCGCCAUCUCAUUACAACAAUUCUCAUUCGGAAAACCAUCACGGAAGAUAA